CAUGGCUAGUGACGGAAUGAACCAGAUAUAGUGCUAAUAGCCAGGCGCACUAGAGUAAUAUGUUCAGUUGUAUCAUUAUUACCCCAUUCUACCCUGACCCCCUGUUCUGCGUUAGCUGUUUGGGAACGGACGAUGAUCACCAGGAGGUAUCUUCGGUGGUAAAAUGAGUCGGUCGUCCCAGGGUUACUGUUUUUGCGGAAUGCCCCAAGUGUGUCUACUUCUUCCUAGUUGUCUAUUAAGCUGAAAUAUUGGUAGCCGCAAGAAUACAAUAGUAAGACGCCGAAAUGCCUACUACUCGUAAAGCCAUAGAACUGGUCAAUGUUGACCCCUGGGAAAUGUCGACACUUCCGGACUGCCGCAAACUAGCCUCCGACAUCAUACGACGACAGGGUCGAUUCGAUGAAGCUUUCUUCAUGUGUGACCUUCGGGAUGCGGAGUAUAAAUGUCGAUUGUGGAAAGAAAAUCUGCCCCGUGUCACUCCAUUCUACGCUGUCAAAUCCAAUCCUGAUCCUCUAUUUACCAGAGUUCUGUUCGAAAAUGGCGUCAAAUUUGACUGUUCGAACCAACGUGAGAUUCGUUUCGUUCUGGACAACGUUCCGGGAGCUCGGGGGUCGGAUAUUGUUGUUUCGAAUACCGCCAAAUGCAGGAAGGAUAUCGCGUUCGGCUGUGAGGUUGGAGCGAAUCUUAUGACCGUGGAUUCUGUUGAGGAACUAGAGAAAAUCUUUCCCUAUAAGGAGCAAGCCCUUGUGCUAAUUCGUCUACAGGGCAGCGAGCAUACGAGCAAGAUCACGUUCAAUCGGAAAUUUGGCGCCGGGCCCGAGCUCGUGAGCAAGAUCCUCCGAAAAUGUCAGGAACUCGAGCUGAACGUUGUUGGCACCCACUUCCACGUGGGCUUAGGAUUCGAUUCACCGCUCAUCUAUGACGAGUCAAUCCGACGCUCUAAGCAGGUAUUCGACGAAGCUAAUAACAUGGGCUUCAACAUGCGCAUCCUUAAUAUCGGCGGGUCGUUUCCGGGAGGUGUACGAAAAAGGAAACAGUUUCUUCAAGCGGCGGCUGUAAUUGAAAAUUCACUGGCGCGAAACUUCCCGGUCGGCUGUGGGGUUCAAAUCAUCGCAGAACCUGGCCAAUUCUUCUCUACGUCCGCGUGGAUUCUCUGCGCUAAAGUAGUUGCUGUCAAGGAUUGCGUUAUUGAUGAAGUGCAUCCUGCAUCUACGUCAACAGAUCUAAAGGGACGCAUGGCAAGAAUGCAGCCCGUCUAUAAAACAUUCAACCGGUUAUCAGAAUCACACUCUGAAAAGCAUGUGCAGGAUGUGGUUGAUGAGGACACUAUUGAGGACGAACAUCGCGUUGUUAUCAUCCGUAACGUUUUCCUCAACGAGUCGCGUUUCAACGCAAUCCCGCGUGCUACAUUGCCUCUCCUUGAUCUGCGCUAUUAUCGCUUAGAGACGGACGAAGAGCUCGCCAAUGUGGGGCACCCUGAACCUGAUGCUAAAACCGUCCUUUGGGGAGCGACCUGCAACCCCUUCGACCAGAUCGUAGAAUGGGACCAUGCGAUUGACAUCAAGUGUGACCAGUGGAUCCUCAUAGACAAUAUGGGAACGUAUUCGAGGGCGUUCCAAUGUGGGUUCAAUGGUUUUGGCACUCCACCGGUUUAUUAUCUUGGCCAGUCUGCCCAUCAUGCUGCCUGAGUAGGAGGCCUGGUUUAUAAACGUGAUCCGAGAAGUUACUCGUUUCAAGACGACGUGAGAAGUCCCGUGCACCAUUUUUUUAUUAAUCUGUCUAAAAAUGGCCAUCUUAAGAUCUUAGGAUUUACUUCGUAAAACAUGAGCAUUUCUUGUCUUAUGUCUCAUAUGUGUUCUCGCUGAUAAUAUUUGUCAGUAUAAUAAUAGGGUCUCCGUUCGUUCUACGUACGUCCGUUUGGCGUCAACUAAGGACAAAGUCGAUGCAUUUAUGUCUGUUUAUUCAACCUUGUGCUUAAUAACAUCUCUGGAAUCGAGAGAACACAUCUGCCCCGGACUUUAACCCUUGUUCGAGGAGAUUAGAAAUAUAAGUGAAAUAGGAAGUUCUACAUUCUUUCCCACCUCACUGUUAUCAGUCUAUUAUAACGGAUGAUUAAACUUGAAAAGCGUCCGCAAAUCCAAUAAAUACAAUUUGUGUAAGGUAGUUAAUUUUCUGUAAUCUGCCAGAAAACUUCGUAGGCUCGUGAAAUUACUUAUGCGUGUAAGGCAGAACACUUAGUCUGAUGGUUAAUAUCGAUACUUUCAAAGGAAUCAGCCUUUGGCACAAUUUUAAGAUGAUUACUUUGCAAGUAUUUUCACUGAAUCUACUCUAAUACAUUAUUUUAUCUGUGACCUCUGUUCAGUUUGGCUCGUACAGCAGAACAAUGACAAUUUUAUGAAAUAACUAACUUUAAUAUAACACUCUUGAUCUUCAGCACAGUUUUGAUAAUUGUAAAGGUCGUAGUUGAGUUUGAGUACCGGAAAAACGUAGACGUUAUCGUCAUAGUCGCUGCUGUUCUUGUGAAUACCUGAAGACUCAGAGAGAAAACACUCACAGGAUCAAUAAGAUCACCAGGCUGCACCUGAACGAAGUGUGCGAAAUUUUCGCCGAUGAACCGUUGCCAUAGGCGGAUUAAGCUGUCAAUAAUUUCUAUGAAAUCGAUAAGAAAAUUUUGUGUAAAAAUGCAUAUGAAAUGGGAGCUCGUAAACAGACAAAGUCUAUAUUAGUGAUAUACAACUCUCUAUAAUAUACCCUGUAAUACUCAACAAAUAUAUUCCAAAAAACUAUAAACGAAACGA